AGCUGGUGGCUUGUGGGCAGAGGAGAUCAGAUUCAAGUGUGGAAAGAUAACUGGCUACCAACAGUGCAUCCUUGUCCGCCCAAUCCCAGGAAUGUAGCUGAUCUCCUUAAUCAUCACACUUGUGACUGGAACUAUGAUCGCUUGUCAACCUAUCUUGAUUCAGAAGAUAUCUCCAGGGUUUUGCAAAUACGACCGAGUGUAUCCUCUGCACGUGAUGUUCUAACUUGGUCAUAUACUACCACUGGCAAUUAUACGGUCAAGUCUGGCCACUAUCUCCAGCAGCAACUCACAAUCGCAAGAACAAUAAAUGAAAAUAAGAUUAGCUUCCUCUUCGAUGAUGCCAAACAGAAUACUCUUAUGCAAAAUUUACAACUGUGGUUAACUCAUAUGAAAUCUCAAUCUGAAACUAUUGUCUUCUUCUUAGGCUGGCGAAUAUGGAAGAUGAGGAAUGCAUUGCUUUUUCAGCAUCAGCGAGACCAUAUAACACAUACUAUU